AGCUCGAGGACGGCCGAACCCUUGCCGACUACAACAUCCAGAAGGAAUCAACCCUCCACCUUGUCCUCCGUCUCAGGGGAGGCGCGAAGAAGCGCAAGAAGAAGACCUACACCAAGCCGAAGAAGAUCAAGCACAAGCACAAGAAGGUCAAGCUCGCCGUCCUCCAGUUCUACAAGGUCGAUGACUCUGGAAAGGUGCAGAGGCUGAGGAAGGAGUGCCCUAAUGCCGAGUGCGGCGCCGGGACUUUCAUGGCCAAUCACUUUGACCGCCACUACUGCGGGAAGUGUGGUUUGACCUACGUUUACAAUAAAGCCGGUGGUGAUUAGUUUUAUCGUCGUUUUGCUUCAUGUUUUCCCUUUAUCUAAAUGUUGAAUGUUGUUGAAUUUAUCUAGAAUUGCUGCUCCAGCUUGUGGAGCAUAGUUCGCGACAUGGAUUUUGUUUUCUUAAUGUCGAUUUAUUAUCGUUUUCAUUUAGAUCCACAUAUCUAGUCAGUUUUUUAUGCGAUUAUUAUCCUUUAUAUAAACUGUUUCAUUUGGAUUUUGGUUUAA